AUGGCAUUGUUUCUCACGUCACUUAAACUUUUGCUAGCUUUUUUCGUUUGCUCGAUACCCUUGUCCCUAGCUCAAGAAGCAAAUCACUUCAUUUACAAUGGCUUCAAGGGAGCCAAUCUGAGUCUCAAUGGGAUUGCAAAAAUCAAUCCCAAUGGUCUUUUACAACUUACAAACACUUCCCACCAGCAAAUUGGCCAUGCUUUCUUCCCAUUCCCAUUUCAUUUCAAUUCAUCUUUGUCUAACAAUUCUCGGCCAUCUUUCUCAUUUUCUACUUCUUUUGUGUUUGCCAUGGUUCCUGAGUCGCCUGCUCGAGAUGGCCAUGGCAUAGCCUUUACUAUAUCACCAUCUCUAGAGUUCAAAGGGGCCAUAGCAACGCAAUAUCUUGGACUCUUCAACUCCACCACCUUAGGCUUAUCUUCAAACCACUUGCUUGCUGUCGAGUUCGAUACUGUAAGGAACCCUGAAUUUGGAGAUAUUAACGACAACCAUGUUGGAGUAGAUAUCAAUAACUUGACGUCCAUUGAAUCAGCUCCGGCGAUGUAUUUUUCUGAAAAUGAUGGGAAAAAUAAGAGCUUGGACCUUGCUAGUGGGAAACCAGUGCAGGUUUGGAUAGAUUAUGAUGAAUUAGAGAAGUUACUCAAUGUAACACUAGCUCCUCUUGGAACAGUGAAGCUAGAAAAGCCACUAUUGUCGACAACUGUUGAUAUCUCUGCAGUUCUCUUGGAGUCCAUGUAUGUUGGGUUCUCUGCAUCUACAGGUUCAGUUGCAUGUUACCACUAUAUUCUUGGGUGGAGCUUCAACAAUAAUGGGCAAGCACAAAGCCUUGACCUCUCAAAGCUUCCUUCACUUCCUCUUAAAAGAAAAUCAAAGAGUAAGCUAGAACUAAAAAAUUUUCCACCAUUACUGACAGUAAUUGUCUUCCUCGUAACUAUUUCUGUAACUAUUUAUGUAAUGAGGAAGAAAUAUGAAGAAAUACGUGAAGAUUGGGAACUGCAAUAUGGUCCUCAAAGAUUUUCUUACAAGGAUCUUUACAAAGCAACCAAAGGUUUCAAAGACAAACAGCUUCUUGGGUCUGGAGGUUUUGGAAGUGUUUACCGAGGAACGUUACCUUCAUCCAAUGUGGAAGUUGCAGUAAAGAAAAUUUCACAUAAUUCAAAACAAGGAAUGAAGGAAUUUGUGGCAGAAAUUGCUAGCAUGGGAAGGCUAAGGCACAGGAACCUGGUUCACCUCCUAGGCUAUUGCCGGCGAAAGGGAGAGCUUUUCUUGGUCUAUGAUCAUAUGCCCAAUGGAAGCUUUGAUAAGUUCCUUUUUAGCAAUGAAAAACCCAACCUUGAUUGGGUUCGGCGAUUUCAAAUCAUCAAAGGAGUAGCAUCUGCUCUAUUCUACCUGCAUGAAGAGUGGGAACAAGUUGUUCUUCAUAGAGAUGUGAAAGCUAGCAAUGUUUUGUUAGAUGCUGAUCUCAACGGGCGACUAGGAGACUUUGGACUUUCCAAGUUUUAUGAUCAUGGAUCAACACCUCAAACAACGUCUGUGGUUGGAACUGUGGGAUAUCUUGCACCUGAACUUAGUACAACUGGAAAACCUACUACAAACAGUGAUGUUUUUGCUUUUGGGAUCUUCCUGCUUGAAGUGGUUUGUGGAAGGAGACCUGUGGAGUAUAAAAGACCACAGGAGGAAGCUGUUUUGUUGGAUUGGGUUCUUGAAUGCUGGAAAAGAGGGGACAUGCUUAUGACUGUUGAUCCUAGAUUGGAAGGUAGCUUUGUUGUGGAAGAAAUGGAAUUGGUUUUGAAACUAGGUCUACUUUGUGCACACCGUCUACCCAUGGCUAGGCCCACAAUGAGGCAAGUGGUGCAAUAUUUAGAUGGAAAUGCCACCUUGCCAGAGAUACCAUUGCACGGUGCGGGUGUUGGUGUAUUUUCAGUUAGCCAUGAAGCACCUAGUGAUCGGCCUUUUCUUUCUGCAGAGAGUAUUUAUUCCUUUUCCUUCUCAGAUACUGACUCUGUUAGGCCCAGCCGUUUUAAAAGGAAAAAAAAACAAAAUGAGGCCCAUAAUUUAACCUUUGGAAAUGUUCAAAUCAGUGAGAUGGAUGUUAAUGUUUUCUGCACUUUUCACGCUUCUGCUGUCUCUCUGCGUCAAUGUGAUUUGGGCGGUUCUGUUUUCUUGAAGCAUUUGGCCUUAGCAGAUCAAGAGGUAAAUCAGUUUAUCUACCAUGGCUUCAAUGAAGCCAACCUGCAUCUUAAUGGGAUUGCCAAAAUCCUCCCCAAUUGUCACACCCAUUCUCUAAUAUGUAGAGACGGAUAUGACUCAAAGAACUGA